AUGAGUGUCAAUGCACAGAGCCAAGGGCAAGGGGCUUGGUGUGUGGCAAAACCUGGGGCAGAUAUGGAAAAGCUUCUAGAUUACCAAGAGUUUGUGUGUAAUAAAAUGAAUUGUAAUGGGAUUACAGAAUAUGGAGGUUCAUGUUAUUAUCCUAUGAAGCUUCGUAGUUGGGCUUCUGUCGUCAUGAAUCUUUAUUACCAAGCUCGAGGAAGACACUUUUCGGAUUGUGAUUUCAAUGGUACUGGUGUAAUUGCUGUCACUGAUCCGAGUAAGUCUUCAUCGCCGGUGAUAGCAACCAUGCUAACUUACGCCUUCUCCCAAAAUCUUAUCCAUCAAUCUCAGUAA